AGUCCCUCCGAAAGCGUGCACCCAAACAAAUCCCUCAACGUCUUGCACAUUUUCACAAAAUUAUUCGCGUUAAAGACGAUUUACGUCGGUGUAAAUGCACUUUUUUGAGCCAGAAAUGAAGUCGGAAUAACACGCUUCUCUCGCUAAGUGCCCCUCGUCCUCUGAAGUCAUGUCUUUCCAUCAGGAUCGGGGGAGUCCCCGAGGAGGAAUGCCCCCCGGGCAGCACGGCUCCCCUCAGAACUACCGACCCACCAACCUGAGGCCGCCACCUCCCCAGCCUCCUGUUCCCCCGUACCACUACGAUCCUCAGACUCCUCCCACUUCCAGCUACCAUGGAAACUACAUGCCUCCACACUCUGACUUCAUGCAGUACCCUCCGCCAGCACCGUCCCAGCCUCCCAGUUCUCUUAACCAGUGCCCAGUGCGCCCACCGUUCCCCAAGCCCCCCGUCCGGCAGGGCUUCCCUGAACCACCGCCUAAUUUCCCACCUCCUCCCCUUCCCAGCUCCACAGGUGGUCCCACAUCAGGGUCCCAGGUGUCUGCUCAGAAUCCUUACCACCCUUACAUGAUGCCUCCUGUGCCCCCACCUCCAUUACCACACCCACCCAUGCCGCCCCCCAUAGCUUCUCAGUCUAUGAGCUACCACCCUCCGUACUCCAUGAACUACCCCCACCCUCCUCACCCUCCUUUCCCUCCUCCUACCUUCAACCCAGGCUACACUCAGAGCCCCAGCUCUUUCAAACCGAAUCACAACUUCAGGCACGGCGGGCAGUACAAGUACGAGAAGCCCAUGGACAGCAGGAGGUCUCCAGAGAGAGGCUAUCGCCACGAUGACCACCGGCAGAAGGGCUAUGGCUACAGCAGCCAUAGUGAUAGGCAUAAAAUGGAAUUUCCUGGAGAGAGGAAGGACCGCGGGAGGAGUCCAGACAGGCGCGGCCGGCCAGAGGGAGGACGGUACAGGUCAGACUAUGACAGAGGCCGGACUCCUCCCAGACACAGGAGCAGGGAUCGAAGCAGGGAGAGGUAUCGUCACAGAGAGAGUCGGAGGUCCCAGUCGCCCGACAGGCACAGAAAGAGGCCUCGGAGUCGGUCCACAAGCAGAGACAGGAAACGCGGUCGCUGGGAAGAGGAGAGGGACAGAAGGUCGGAGAGCUCCUCGGGCCCGAGCAGAGAGCGCAGCUACUCCUCCUCCGUCAGGAGCAGAGACUCUGAGGAGGCCUUCGCCGACAGAGAGCGGGAGCGAGAGCGGGAACGGGAGCGGGACAGAGAGAAGGAGAAGGAGAAAGAGAAGGGGGACGAUGAGAAGGAGGAAGAAGAGCUGCUGAAACCUGCGUGGAUCCGCUGCACACACGCCGAGAACCAUUACUCCAAUGACCCCAUGGACCAAGUGGGAGACUCCACCGUGGUGGGGACCAGUAAACUGCGGGACCUGUAUGAGCGCUUUGAGGAGGAGCUGGGGAGGAGACAGGAGAGAGCAAAGGCCGCUCGACCGAAAUGGGACCCGCCCAAGACCAAACUGGACGAAGAUCCAGAUGACAGCAGCAGUGACUCAGACUGUGAGUCAGAUGGGGAAGAAAGCACCUGCUCCAGCAGCUCUGACUCAGAGGUUUUUGAUGUCAUCGCCGAGAUCAAGAGGAAGAAAGCGCACCCCGACCGCCUGCACGAGGAGCUGUGGUACAACGACCCCGGGCAGAUGAAUGAUGGUCCCCUGUGUAAGUGCAGUGCCAAGGCCAGACGUACAGGGAUCCGCCACAGCAUCUACCCGGGGGAGGAGCCUGUCAAAGAGUGCCGACCAAUGAACAACAAUGCAGGAAAACUGUUUCACUACAGGAUCACUGUGUCUCCACCCACUAACUUCCUGACUGACAGGCCGACGGUGAUCGAGUAUGAUGACCAUGAGUACCUGUUUGAAGGCUUCUCACUUUUCUCCCACACACCUCUCACUAACAUUCCAUUGUGCCGUGUGAUCCGCUUCAACAUAGAUUACACCAUUCACUUCAUAGAGGAGAUGACACCGGAGAACUACUGCGUCCGAGGCCUGGAGCUGUUCGCCUCCUACUUGUUCCAGGACAUUCUUGAGCUGUAUGACUGGAACCUGACAGGUCCUGAGUUUGAGGCUUCUGGAUGCCAGCGGUUCCAUUUCAUGCCUCGUUUUGUCCGAUUCUUACCUGAUGGUGGGAAGGAGGUGCUGUCCAUGCAUCAGGUGCUGCUCUACCUGCUGCGCAGCAGCAAGCCCCUGGUCCCCGAGGAGGAGAUUGCAGACAUGCUGCAGUGGGAGGAGCUGGAGUGGCAGAAAUACGCGGAGGAGUGCAAGGGCAUGAUCGUCACCAACCCGGGCAUGAAACCCAGCUCGGUGCGUAUCGACCAACUGGACAGGGAGCAGUUCAACCCAGACGUCAUCACCUUCCCCAUCAUCGUUCAUUUCGGGAUCCGGCCUGCUCAGCUCAGCUACGCGGGAGACCCUCAGUACCAGAAGCUGUGGAAGAGCUAUGUGAAACUACGCCACCUGCUGGCCAACAGCCCCAAGGUCAAGCAGAUUGACAAGCAGAAGCUGACACAGAGAGAGGAAGCUCUUCAGAAGAUCCGUCAGAAGAACACUAUGCGCCGUGAGGUGACAGUGGAGCUCAGCAGUCAGGGCUUCUGGAAGACUGGCAUCCGCUCCGACGUCUGUCAGCACGCCAUGAUGCUGCCUGUCCUCACCCACCACAUCCGGUACCACCAGUGUCUGAUGCACCUGGAUAAGCUCAUCGGCUACGUCUUCAAGGAGCGCUGCCUCCUUCAGCUGGCCAUGACUCACCCCAGUCAUCACCUCAAUUUCGGUAUGAAUCCCGAUCAUGCCCGCAACUCCCUCUCCAACUGUGGCAUCCGCCAGCCGAAGUACGGAGACCGGAAAGUCCACCACAUGUACAUGAGGAAGAAAGGAAUCAACACGUUGAUUAACAUCAUGUCUCGUCUGGGGCAGGAUGACCCCUCCCCCUCCAGGAUCAAUCACAACGAGAGACUGGAGUUCCUGGGUGAUGCUGUUGUCGAGUUCCUCACCAGUGUCCACUUGUACUACCUUUUCCCGAAUUUGGAGGAGGGCGGCCUGGCCACCUACAGAACAGCCAUCGUGCAGAACCAGCACUUAGCCAUGCUAGCAAAGAAACUGGAGUUAGAUCGCUUCAUGCUCUACGCUCACGGACCAGAUCUGUGCCGGGAGUCGGACCUGCGACACGCCAUGGCCAACUGCUUCGAGGCUCUUAUCGGUGCUGUGUAUUUGGAAGGAGGCUUGGAGGAGGCCCGGCAGCUCUUUGGUAGACUGCUUUUCAACACUGGGGGCCUACAGGAGGUCUGGCUCAACUACCCACCACAUCCCCUGCAGGUCCAGGAACCUCAGACGGACAGGCAGCUGAUCGAGACGUCCCCCGUCCUCCAGAAAUUGACCAGCUUCGAGGACUCUAUCGGAGUUUUGUUCACACAUGUGCGUCUCCUGGCCAGAGCCUUCACCUUGAGGACUGUGGGGUUCAACCACCUCACCCUGGGCCACAACCAGAGGAUGGAGUUCCUGGGAGACUCGAUCAUGCAGCUGGUGGCCACAGAGUACCUCUUCAUCCACUUCCCAGACCACCAUGAAGGACAUUUAACACUACUCCGCAGUUCGCUGGUAAACAACCGAACGCAGGCCAAAGUGGCGGAGGAGCUGGGGAUGCAGGAGUUCGCUAUCACCAAUGACAAAACCAAACGGCCAGUGGCGCUACGCACCAAGACUCUGGCGGACUUGUUGGAGUCAUUCAUCGCAGCUCUCUACAUUGAUAAAGACCUGGAGUAUGUGCACACCUUCAUGAACGUCUGCUUUUUCCCCCGCCUGAAGGAGUUCAUCCUGAACCAGGACUGGAAUGACCCAAAGUCUCAGCUGCAGCAGUGCUGUCUGACCCUGAGAACAGAGGGCAAGGAGCCCGACAUCCCACUGUACAAGACCCUGCAGACAGUGGGGCCCUCGCACGCCCGCACCUACACCGUCGCCGUGUAUUUCAAAGGGGAGCGAAUCGGCUGUGGCAAAGGCCCAAGCAUCCAACAGGCGGAAAUGGGAGCUGCGAUGGAUGCGCUCGAAAAAUAUAACUUCCCACAGAUGGCUCAUCAGAAGCGCUUCAUCGAGCGGAAAUACAGACAGGAGCUGAAGGAGAUGAGACGAGAGCGCGAGCGGCAGGAGAAGGAGACCGACGAGCCGGAGGAAUGCAGGAAGUGACAGCACUUUUUUUUUUCUCGGAGGCCAAUCAGGACUCGGCUCCACUUUUAAGGAGCUCUGACUGCAGGUGUGGCAGCUGUCCAGGCAACACUUGAUGCCACUAAUUCCUGUAAUAGUUCAGCAAACGAUCAUGGACUGUUUCCCAAAUUCUACUAAAAUAUAGAUGGGACACAGGUGAGGAAAAGGCGGGUCGUCAUGACUCGUGAAAGGACACUUCACCCACAAAACGACCAUUUGUACUUUAGUUACUCACCGUGUGUUGCCUCAAAUUCACAGUUUUUCUCGCAGGCCUCCAAAGUGCAUAGACCUCCCAAAAAUAGUGAAUAUUCUUCAUGAAUUGAAGUAAUUGGAGACUUAACAACACCAAACUUUUACCACAGCGUUCAUACAGACAGGGAAAAGUCGAAUUCAAGGAUUGAAAUUGUUUGCUGCACAGAAUCAUCAGUCAAAACACAUUUAUUUUUGCUAAAAUAUUACAGUAAACUAAACAUCCCUCACUGACUCCGCCCGUAAGCUCCCGCUCGGCUCAGACUUCACAUCGUGAUGAUGUCCCAAAUUUUCCCAGCUUUAAGAAACUUUUACAAAUACAAAGCCACCAUUGCUCAAAAAUUAAUAGUAGAGAGAGUAAUAAUUGUUUGCAGUUCGAGGUGUCCUGUCAAGAAGUCUCUUUUACACAGGGUUCCCACAGUCAUGAUAAACAUUUUCCAGGCCUUGAAAAGUCAUAAAAAUACUAAAAAAAACA